UAUUUACUACUUACUAGUGUCUGAUUCAUCAUAGAAUGUACAAGUGACUAUUUGAAUUUGGCAAUUUGUAAAAGGUUCUCGUCUUUGUUUUUGUUUUAUAUGAACUGGUUAUGAUAGUUUUUGCAAUUGUAAAAAAAAUGAUGUACGAAAAUUCCGAAAUAGGGAGUACUCUAAAAUAUAGAUCGUGCAACGUUGAUGGAAGCGUUUGACGUUGUAAUAUAAUUGGCUUAGACUAUGUUUGGACCGAUUCAUAAGUUAGUUAAAAACUGCCUUGUGUGUGGGAUUGCUGUGUUAAAGUUAUGAUAAAAUGGAGGAUAUACAUCUAAGGACAAAGCCAUCUAUAAUGGCGGAUACCCUGGACCCAUUGUCACCGAGUACAAAUGACUCCUCGCCAGGCUUAAUGCAUAUAUUGAGACAGAGGCUGGGCAGGACACCGACGGGUUCUAACGGAGAUGGAUAUGUCGAGUUUGGUGAGUUCAGAUCAGAACGGCCUGGUGUCAAGAAGGUGGGCACCUUCGCGGGAGUGUUCUGUCCUGUUGUCUUAUCAAUGUUCAGCGCUCUCGUGUUCAUAAGAAUGGGAUAUCUCAUCGGUAACGCCGGUCUUCUGGUGACUCUGGCGCAAUUCGGCAUGGCGUAUUUAAUAGUUGGCUUCACGGUCACAUCGAUCUGUGCCAUUUCCACGAAUGGGGCUGUGGAGGGCGGAGGCGUGUACUUCAUGAUAAGCAGGACUCUCGGUCCCGAGUUUGGUGGUGCUAUCGGAACUCUCUUCUUCUUCGCCAACGUGGUGUCCAGUGCUCUCUGUAUAUCAGCCUGCGCUGAGGCUAUGGUGGAGAAUUUUGGGGACGAUGGUGGAUACCUGAUCGGUUCCAGCCCUGGCUUGCCGAGUGGUUACUGGUACAAUUUCCUGUACCGCUCGUCGUUGAACGCGGUGGGUCUAGGCGUGUCCCUGGCCGGAGCCUCAUUAUUCGCGUCAACGAGUCUAGCGAUCUGGUUGACGACCAUCAUUUGUCUGUUCAGCGCCUUCCUCAGCUUCUUCAUAACAGCUCCCGGACAGAUAGAAAAGCCAGCUUCAAACACCAUAGUGAAUGCUACCAACUUCACCUACACCGGUCUGAGUUCGGUCACGUUACGAGAGAACCUCUAUCCUAACUACUCCCGCGACUACACAGCUGAUGGGGAAUUCGUUGAUUUCGCGUCAGUUUUUGGGGUGCUCUUCACUGGGGUCACCGGGGUCAUGGCUGGGGCUAAUAUGAGUGGCGAAUUAAAGAAUCCAUCUCUGAACAUACCCCGCGGUACGUUGGGUGCUCUGCUUCUAACAGCUUUGACGUACCUCUCGUUGUCGCUACUGACUGCUGCGACGUGUUCGAGAGAGUUGCUCCAGAACAACUACGUGUACCUCCUGCCUAUCAACAUCUGGCCGCCGUUCAUAGCGGUGGGUAUGCUGACCGCGACCUUCUCAGCUGGGUUGUCAAACCUUAUUGGAGCUUCCAGAGUACUCGAAGCGUUGGCCAAAGACGAUAUAUUCGGAUUCCUCCUCCGCCCCAUGGUGUCGACCUCCGGUAACCCCGUGCUAGCGGUCAUCGCCUCCUGGCUGCUGGUACAGUUUGCCAUAAUGGCAGAUUCGCUGAACGCAAUCGCUCAGGUCAAUUCCGUGUUGUUUAUGACGAGCUACUUCGCUAUCAACCUGGCAUGCCUGGGUUUGGACCUGGCGUCUGCACCUAACUUCAGGCCGACGUUCAAGCAGUUCUCGUGGGCGAGCAGUCUGGCCGGGCUGGUGGGGUGUGCGGGAGUGAUGUUCUUCACGAGGGCGGGGUACGCGGCGGGCGCAGCGCUCGCGUGCUGCGGACUCGUGCUGGCGUUGCACUUCCUGUCGCCCGCCGCUGCCGACCCCGGCUGGGGCAGUCUGAGCCAGGCGCUCAUAUUUCACCAGGUCCGUAAGUACCUCCUGCUGCUGGAUCCUCGUCGUCAGCACGUGAAGUUCUGGAGACCCCAGAUGUUACUCCUGGUCGCGUCCCCGAGACACUGUGCUCCCCUCAUCGACUUCGUUAACGAUCAGAAAAAGGGCGGUCUGUUCGUGUUGGGUCAUGUUCGUGUCGGUGAGCUGGACGGCAGUGGGGAUCCUCUGUCUGAUGAACACAAGUACUGGCUUCAGCUGAUAGACCACCUCAAGGUGAAGGCUUUCGUGGAACUCUGUCUGUGUGAAUCUGUGAGAGGGGGGGCCGCCCAGCUAUCGCGGCUCUCUGGGCUUGGAGCUAUGAAGCCGGAUACUGUACUCCUGGGAUUCAGGGACCAGGCGCCGCAUAGAGAUUUCUUCAGGGACCCCUCGUCACCUUACAAGACGGCUAUGUUUGACCUGGAGGGCGGGGAGGUGGUGUUCCCCGCCAGAUCCUCCAAGAUCUCCGUCACGGAGUACGUUAGGAUCGUGUCUGAUGUCCUCUGUGUCGGGAAGAACGUCUGUCUGUGUCGACAUUUCCACAAACUCGAUAUGGACGCGAUCGCCAAACGCUCCUCGUCAUCUCGGUCCAUCGACGUGUGGCUGGUUGAGCCUCUCCGUCCAUCUCGCGAGGAACCGUUCUCUGUCCGAGCUCUGUUCGCGCUGCAGCUAGCGGCCGUCGUUCGCUCAGCCAGGGGCUGGACCCGUCUCGGCCUGAGAGUGCAUAUCAUAACAGGGGUGUCGACUAUCGGAACCCUACCCUCGUCCCCUGAUCAGUUGUCUCCUGGCCGUCCAAUCACCGAGCGUCUCGAACAGCUCCUCAAGAUGCUCAGAAUCAAUGCCACCAUACAUCCCGUUCCUGAAUGGCCUUCAUUAGAGGGGUCUCAUCGCUGGGCGGACCUCGACGACGAUCAGGUCUAUCAGAGAGUGCCCCUGAACUAUUUACAAAAAGUGAACUCUAUAAUAAAGGCUCGCAGUUCCGAGGCGGUGGUGACGUUCAUCCAGCUCCCCCCUCCCCCGCCUAGCGUCAACAGGGACGACGACAUAUGUAGCGAUUACUUGAAGACGUUAGACGAGCUCACCAAGGACCUGUCGCCCACGAUCCUCGUCCGGGGACUGAAAUCUGUGACAUCAACAUCCUUGUAAUAUUAUAAUGACCAAGGCCUCGUUGACAAAUGACAUAUCACUAUGAUAAUUAUUAAUGUAAUAUACGAUAGAGCUGUCAGGGAUAUUUAUAUAACGCAGAAUGUUUAUAAAUAAAAAAAUCAGGAGUAGAGUUGUCCUUAAAAAAAAUAACUUUAACAUUAUUCCAUGUUUUAUAAAGAGAAGUCUUAUGCCACUUCCAGCCAUUACAUUUCAUUAAGCAUUUUUUUUAUUCAAUACUUUUAUAUUAUGUAUAUAUACUUUUUAUAAUUCUACAUAUUUAAAUUCAUACUGACCAUCUUCAUAUUAUUAUUAGUUGAUACAAACAUGAUAAAUUAUCUAAGAAUAUAAUUAAUUUAGUUCGAGUAUGUUUUCGUUAUUCGUAAAAAAUAGUAAACGCAUGGACAUAGACCAAUAGCGGUUACUUUUAAAUAUUUUUUUACUUAUUUUUGUAUUUUUUCUUUUUCAUUCUUUACAUAGAUAUCGUUUAUACUGCUUGAUGUUUUGAGAUUAUUUUUUCAUCUGUACACUUUCGAUCGUUAACUUGAGUUAUGUAUUUAAACAUCGACUUUAAUAUAUGUCGAGGCUGUUCUUUAUCUUCACGGCCGCUAACUCUCAGUCUGAACACUAAACGCUCUGCGGUGAUUCAAAGAAGUAUUAAUGUUGUGUGAGUUAAGCCCUUUAUUUUUUUUUAUAUUUAGAGAUCUCUAAGUAAUUCGUCUCAACAAGCUUUUUCUUAUGACAACGUUAGAUAGACAUAUUAAAUAUAUUAUUUUCUAGUUACUAGUAUACUGACAUUUUUAUAAAUCUUUUGAUAAUUUUAAAUGUUGACUAAGUGUAAUCACCAAUUAUAUGAAGCUAAGGAGACACGUGCUAUUGGAGAGAGGUUUUUCUUCUCCCGGCGGUAGACACGUGCGAUGUUUAAGUAUACAUUUUGUAAAAUAAAAAACUUUUAAAAUAUUUUUUUCUACAUAUAUAUAUAUAGAGUAUGUUGUCUGCGAGUGAUUAUUUCUGCUGCUGUAAGUGACACCAGGUAUGACGAAACAUGAACAGAGUCGCGGUAGACGUAGGACGCGCGGCGCGGCGUGCGUGGCGCGGGAUCAAAGUGUAUUGUGAUAUGACAUUAAAUGUAUUUUGAAUUAAA